AUGCAACCACCUUUCUCAUUCCCAUCACAAGCUUCACCAAAUCAUCGCAUUCUCAACGAUGACGAUCUGAAAAACAAAUACAAUGCAACCUUUUCAAAAGUCUUUCAAGAAAUUUACGAACCCUCGACCAACAUUACAGCCCAGUCACUCAUCUCCUCUCUCGGCAUCAACACCAAGAAACAUAUUCUUGAUAUCGGAUGUGGUGCAGGAGGCUCGGGAUUUCUCAUUGCUUCUCAAAUGCCACCCAAUGCUGAACUCGUUUGUAUGGACCUCUCUCCCGACAUGAUUCAAUUAGCUCGCGAACGAUGUGAUAUUCUGACUCGAGAACCCUUCUCUCGCAAAAUUCAAUUCGUAGAGGGAUCUGCUGAGAAACUUCCAUUUGCAGAUGAAAGUUUUGAUGCUGUCUUUUCCAAUUAUUGUUUGCAUGUUAUUCCCAAUCCUGAUCACAUGUUGAGCGAAGUUGGUCGAGUAUUAAAGCACGGAGGAAUGGCUUGUUUGAGUGUGUGGGGUCGUCCCGAGAAGAGUCCUCUCUUUACCAUUCUACAGAAAGCAACUGUUGAAUGUAAGAAGAGAUUUCUGAACAGUGAUUCAUCCUCUGAAUCAUCUGAAUCAUCAUCAUCAACACCUCCUCCUCCUCCUCCACGUUCUCAAUUUCAUCUCUGUCAUCGUGAAUUAUUAAGGGAACGUGUAUUGAAUACCACCAUUCUUAAAACAAAGGAUUGUUCCAUCCUUCAACACAAAGAAAAUACAGUGGACGAGAUGAGAAUACGAGUCUUUUCUCAAUGUUUGGCUUGGUAUCAAUUUCAACCGUUUCAAGCCUUUGAUGCUCGUGAGUUUGCCGAGUUGAAUAUUCUCUCACCCGAAUUUCAAAACUUGAUCCGAGGCUCGGAAGAGAAACGACAACAAGUAUUGCAACUUUUGGAAGAAAUGGCUCUUGAGAUUAUGAAGUCUACUUCAGAACCAAUUGGAAAUGAAGCCUUAAUAGUGUGGAUGAAAAAAGAUUAG